AUGAGCAUGAAUUACUCAACAGCGGGUGUCACGCAGAGGUCGACGUCGUUUUUUAUAGAAGACAUCUUACUGCACAAACCUAAGCCGCUGAGAGAAGUUAUUCAAUCGCCUUUCUGUAGCUCCGUGGCCUCAAGGAUGCCCAUCCUGGAGUAUGGAUACCCGCUGAUGCCAACGCCAGUUUUGGCCCCACAUCCACACCAUCCGCUCCACAAACCCGAACAUCACCAGUACUUCUUUACAUCUGGGAUGCAGAUGCCGGCCUUGUUCCAGCACCACGCGGACUUGCCCGGGAAGCACUGCAGACGCAGGAAGGCCAGGACGGUUUUCUCCGACUCGCAACUCUCCGGUCUGGAGAAGAGGUUUGAAAUCCAGCGCUACUUGUCCACGCCGGAGAGAGUGGAGCUCGCCACCGCGCUCAGCCUCUCCGAAACGCAGGUGAAAACGUGGUUUCAGAACCGCCGGAUGAAGCACAAAAAGCAACUAAGGAAAGCCCAGGAUGAGCACAAGACUGCUGGCCACUUGGAGAGAUCCGUGGACAACACGGGCGACCACCAAGUGACCGAGAAGAGGGGCGAGGACCUGAAAGGUCCGCUGGAGCGAGACACGUAUUUGCUCGAAGAAAACGACGACGAUGUGGAUAUCGAGGAUGAUAUUUGCUCCCCGGAUCAUCUCCUAUAGUAGGCUGCGUGGCUGUUUUACAUGCAGCCACUUGCGCGUCGGAGAAGUUUGUAAAAAAAAAAAAAAAUAAUAAAAAAUAACGGGUACUUGAUAUGGUACUCAUUAAAAAUAUUUACUCGUUGACAAAUGAAGCGGUUGAAAAUUUUAACUAUUUCUUUCCAUCUCUGUAAAUCAGUUCUAAAUAUAUGUUUUGAUGGAAUCUAACACAAUACUUGUAAAUAAUGAAAUUACGUGAUACACGUUUAUUUUGUUUUUAAUAUUGGCCCGGCGGGGUCCCACAUACGCACACACAGCCAAUUCAAUCUGUUCCGGAAUAGUUUAAUUUAAGAUAUGUUUUGUUAAGCUUUUUCUGAGUUUUUUUCCCCCGAUUUUGUCCUUAAACAAUUGUCAUAGAAACUACUGUGCAUAUAUUUCUAUGUAAAAUCAUGACAUCAGAAAUCCAUGUUGUGCUCCAUUAAUUCGAGCCUAUGUGUUGUUCUUUAAACUGAAAAUAUUCUUUUCGUCGGACUUCGAUUGCACAUGAUUAGAAUGUGUUCACAGUAAACUGACGCUAUUUCCCCCUUUUCCUCGAAAAUUACAAAGUCAUGUUAGUUCAGCACUUUUCAUCCAUCCAUGUGCAAGUUUGCAACUGAAAUACUUAUCCGAAUUAAAUUUUAAAAAACUCAUUGCUUUUUGUUUAUAGUUUCGACUUGACAUUACAUAACUCGCAAUUUUCACGGUUUUAUCUUCUUGG